AAAGAUGUUGGCAGUGCUGCCAGCAAUGCAACCAUAGGAAAUGACAGCAUUUUUGCUUCUUGCUCUUUCUCUAGCCUUGGCCUUCACCCUUCCUUAUGUGAUGAACUGCGUGAAAAAUUGGGAUUCGAGGUUCCAACUCUGGUGCAAGCUCAAGCCAUUCCUGUUAUUCUCGCUGGCCGUCAUGCACUUAUUAAUGCUGCCACAGGCACAGGGAAGACAGUUGCCUACUUAGCUCCACUUAUUCAUCAAUUUUUCUCCAUUUAUUUGUCACAGACAGAUAACAAUUAUGCAUGCUUGUUACUGUCGUUGGUUCUUGUACCGACGCGUGAGCUAUGUCUGCAGGUUUAUGAAAUUCUUCAAAAGCUAUUGCAUCGAUUCCAUUGGAUUGUUCCCGGGUAUGUUAUGGGUGGUGAAAAUAGAUCAAAGGAGAAAGCUAGGCUACGCAAAGGCAUAUCAAUUCUUAUAGCAAUACCUGGGCGCCUUUUAGAUCAUUUGAAGAAUACACCAUCAUUCUUGUACACAAAAUUGCGCUGGAUAACUUUUGAUGAAGCUGAUAGGAUUUUGGAAUUAGGAUUUGGACAAGAUAUACAGGAAAUACUAGAUCUUUUGGGUUCAAGAAAAGCAGCAAAUGAUUACAAGGAGAGUACAGUUCCAAGAAACUCUGAAUUUCAAAGGCAGAAUUUGCUUUUUUCUGCCACCUUUAAUGAGAAAGUGAACCAUCUUGCUAAAAUAAGUUUACACAAUCCAGUGAUGAUUGGUCUUGAGGGUAAAACAAGAAAACCAGUAUCAACAAUUGAAAGCAUUGAUCUUUCAGAGUCUGAUGAAGAUGACGAAGUCAAGUAUUCCAGUAAAAUGCCAACAGUUAUAGAUUAUAAAAUCCCCACACAGUUAAUUCAGAGAUACGUGAAAAUGCCUUGUGGUUCUCGGCUUGUUGUUCUUCUUUCAAUUCUAAAGCAUCUUUUUGAAAGAGACACUUCACAAAAGGUUGUGGUAUUCUUUUCGACAUGUGAUACGGUAGACUUUCACCAUUCGCUACUAAGUGAGUUCCACUUCUCGACUGAUCCUCAAACAAAAGAAAGGGUCAUACAAAUGUUUCUUGGAUGCCAAACUUUUCGAUUGCAUGGUAAUAUGGAACAUGAAGACCGGAGAUCUACUUUUCAGGCUUUUAAAACUGAGAAAUCUGCUUUGCUUUUGUCCACUGAUGUUUCUGCUAGAGGCCUGGAUUUUCCAACGGUUCGAUGCAUCAUACAGUAUGAUUCUCCUGGGGAAGCUACUGAAUAUGUGCACAGAGUUGGUAGAACUGCUCGUCUGGGUGAAAGGGGAGAGUCCUUGUUAUUUCUGCAACUAGUUGAAAUAGAUUAUUUACAGGACUUGGAGAAACAUGGUGUUUCACUAGCGGAGUAUCCUCUUCUCAAAGUGUUGGAUAAUUUUACAUUACACGGACAGAACAAACACGUAAAGAAGUCUGUUUUCAUCGACUUGCAUCCUUGGGUCCUUUGUCUCCAGAAGGCACUUGAAUCAUUCAUCAUUUCCAAGCCCAAGAUGGAUGAACUUGCUAGGAAGGGAUUUUGCUCUUGGGUCCGUGCUUACACAGCACAUCGUGGUGAGCUGAAAAGAAUAUUUAUGAUCAAGAAACUUCACUUGGGGCACGUGGCCAAAAGCUUUGCGUUGAAACAACAACCGUCCUUAGUUGGACAAUCCUUCCAAAAGCAAAAUAAGAAGAGAAAGAGAUUUGAGAAGAAAAGUGGGCUAUCGAAAAAGAGAAAAGUUGCUAGAGUGACUUAAUGCAAACCAUGACAAUGGCUGAUGAUGCGAUUUUGAUGAAGCAAAUGAUAAUGAAAAUGACAACUAUGGAUGGAUACCGACAUACUGUGUCACGCGGAUCUGGAUCAUUAUCCCCUAAAGCCAUACGAUUCGAUCCAAAGCUGACACCAAGUGAUCCGAGAUAAAGUAUCGUAAGGAGUCCUUCCUCCAUUGGGGCACUGUUCUGUUGUCAACAUGAGCUAAACAAAGCUUUAUAUGCUUGAUGCUUGGUACUUCCGUUGUGUAUCAUUUAACUUGGACUAUAUAAUAUACGGUAAUUAUGUAAUUC